AUGGGCAGCCCAUACAGCGAUUCGAAAAUCGAGGCCAUCGAGAAGGACGACACAGGAAGGCCGUGGGACGUAGGAAGAGCCAUGAUUGAGGAUGCCAAAGACAACAUGGCUACGGAAUCCCUUGAGACUGCGAUAAGCCUUUUGCGCCAGGUCAUGCGAAAUGAGGACGAUGGCACGUCGCGGGCAAUUGCUGAACGUGGUCUUGUCAAGGCCCUCCUCACUCGGUUCGCUCAUCGUGGAUGGUUUGACGACAUGUACGAAUGCGACCAACUUCUGGACAAGUGUGAACAGGAGCAAAUUGAACUUCUCAAGCAGCCGAGGCGAGUGGGUGACAAGGCUGCACUCGAGGUCUACCCAGACUCCAUCCAUCAAGCGCUCGACCUCAUCGCAAGCUGUCGCCGCUCCAUCGACACAGAGAAGCUAGAAACCGCGAUUCAAGCUUCCCAGGAUGCUCUGUCUUCACCCUCCCCCGAAGUAUCCGACUUCCAGCGCGCUGACUUGGUGCUCCGAGUUGGGAAUGCACUUGUGCUGACCUAUCUGGCAAGUGGGAGUGCCGGGAGUUUGGACCGUGCAGCAGGAUGUUUUCAGGAAGCUCGGGGCCUCUGUAACAACAAAGAUCCGCUGAAGUUGAACGCUCUUCUUGGCCUUCAACUCGUCGGAAUGAUCAAGUUCACCGAGUGUGAGCAACAAAGGAAAGCCGAGGGACUUGAUGAAAAGACUCACUUCAGACGAGCUGUAGCAGCCGAAGAUGGCAAAGGCCUAGACGCGUUCAUUCUAGGAUCCCGACUGAUCCACGGCCCGCAGCUUGAAACAGGCAUAUCGUUACUUCGACUCUCCCUUGAGCUUCGACCACCGCUGCACCCCCUUCGCCACCACUCGCUCAACAAUCUCGGAGACGCACUUACAAUCCGGUUUAAAUACACCGGAAACAUCGAGGACCUCAACGAAUCAAUUGCCCUCAGUCAAGAAGCCCUCAGUCUCACGCCCCCACCUCACCCAGGCCGGCCAACGACUCUCAUCGGCCUAGCCAACGGCUUUCUCACUCGGUUUAUGCGGGCGGGGGACAUCCACAACCUCGAAGCAUCUAUCUCACAUUAUCGUGAGGCACUAUCAUUGCAGCCUGAAGGUCAUCCGGGGCGAAUUCUCUCACUCAAAAACCUAGGAACCUCUCUCUCUAUCUUGUUCAGGCACCAAGGUGGCGUCGAAAUCCUGGAAGAAUGCAUCGCGUACCGCCGAGAGACACUCGCCUUGCGACCCGAAGGCCAUCCCGCACGUCCAGAUGCGCUCGAUGACUUGUCAGUUUCCCUUGCCCUUCGCUUUCAGCUCACGGGGAACUUCCAGGACUUGGAUAACAGCAUCUCGUAUGGCCAAGAGGCUUUCUUGCACAGGCCUAGGGGCCAUCCACAUCGUUCCUCAUCGCUCACGAAUCUCGCAAACUCCGUCCUCCUUCGAUACCAGAGCAAAAGCAGCUUCGAAGACCUUGAAAAAUGUAUCGGAUACCACCGAGAAAGCCUUCUACUCAGUCCGAAAGGCCAUCCCGAUCGCUCGUUGUCGCUCAGCAACCUCGCUGAAUCCCUUCGGAUUCGGUUUAUGGAAAGAGGCCAAAUCGAAGACCUUGAGGAGUGUGUCCGGUGCAACCAAGAAGCGCUCGCUCUAAGGCCCAGCGGCCACCCAAAGCGACCUUCGUCGCUUGACAGCCUAGGGACCUCUCUCCUUGAACGAUUCCGGCAUAAGGGAGACCACGACGACCUGGAGAAAUCCAUCCUAUAUGGACAGGAAGCACUCACUCUGAAACCGAAGGGGCACGUGGAUCGCUUUUCACCGCUCAGCAAUCUUGCCUCCGCUCUCGCCACUCGCUUCCAACACAAGGGAAACCGCACCGACUUGGAGGAAUCCAUCACUUACGAACAGGAAGCACUGGCGUCAAUGCCCACGGGUCAUCCACGCCGUUACGAAGUCUUGCACAACCUUGCAAACUCUAUCUCCACUAGGUUUGAACACGAGGGUAUAUUCAAUGAUUUGGAUGAUGUCGUUCGCUACCGGCGAGAAGCGCUCGAGUCGUUGAGCGCUUCUAGGCAUACCGCUCGCUCACAACUCCUCGACAGCCUCGCAAGCUCUCUCUCCAUCCGUUUCAAACACAGCGGGAACUCCAGCGAUCUCGAAGAGUCCAUCGUAUAUCACCGAGCCGCACUGUCUUUGAGGCCCACGGGACACCCGGAACGCUCGUCAUCUCUCAGCAACCUUGCUGUGUCCCUGUCAAACCGCUUCCAACACAAAGGCGACUUCCAGGAUCUGGAAGAAUGUGUUACCUGUCACAGGGAAGCACUCGCGUUACGGUCGGAGGGUCAUUCGGAAUAUUCCGAAUCCCUCAACUGUCUUGCCAACGCUCUCUCCCUUCGUUUCGAAUACACUCGAGACAUAAGAGACAUCGAAGAAAGCAUUAGGUAUUUCAGAGAGGCUUCGGGCUUCUAUCCCGACAAACACCCUUUCCAUCCAGCCUGCGUCAACAAUCUUGCAAAUGCUCUGACAACCCGUUUCAAGAACAAACAGGACGUUGGCGAUUUGGAAGAGAGCAUUACAUCGCUGCGCACGGUGCUGAAAUCGAUUGGUGACAUUCACCCCUUCCGCCCCUUGCUGUUGUCCACCCUUGGGCUUGCUGCUCGUCAACGUUUCGACGUUCUCCACAACGUGGACGAUCUCCAAGAGGCUAUCUCUAGCAACGAGCAAGCUCUUUCAGCAAUACCAGACAAUCAUCCUAACCACAUGAUAUUGACUCACAACUUGGCCGGCGCCAUGCUGCGAAAAUAUGAAACAACGAAAGCAACGGACGAUUUGGACAGAGUCUUCAACCUCUUUGAAACCGCCUCCCGGUCCAAAACAGGUCCAUUGCUCGCUCAAUUAAAGAACGCGAUAGGGUGUGCGACAUGCGGUCGACAGUUCCAUCGCCCAAACACAGCAUUCCAGGCCUACCGACAUGCUAUGUCCCUCUUUCCUCUACUCGCCUCUCUUGACAUGACCCUCCAGCAGCGCCAGAGCGUCCUUCUUCAUACGAGGGGACUCGUUCGAGAUGCUGCACAAUAUGCUAUCGAGCAAGAAGUCCCUGAACUCGCAGUCACGUUUCUUUCGAGUGGGCGGUCCGUUUUCUGGUCUCAGGCCCUGCAAACCCGGGUGACCUUUGAUCGACUUGAAGGAAGCCAUCCCUUGUUCGCAUCAGAAUUGCGCUCAGUUACUCGACGGCUGGAGGCCGCGACCCAUCAGCUUUUACAAGAUGUUGGAGGCUUCGAAAAGGCGACCGUGUCAUUUUCCAGCAGUUUACCACAUACCCUAGCGGAGGAAAGGGAUAAACUCCUCAGGAAGAUUCGGGAGAUACCUGAGUUUCGGGAUUUCCUACUGCCACCUACCUUCGACUCCCUCAAACUUGCUUCCAAGAACGGGCCUCUCGUAUUUUUAAACGAGAGUCGAUAUGGAUGCCAUGCUCUAAUUUUGCAACGCAGCGGUGCUCUGCACUCCCUCGCGUUGUCUGUGGACGCCAAACAAGUGGUUGCCUGGAGGAAUGCUAUCGAUCGACUGGCAGGAGGGCAUGUCAUCCCCGCAGAGUCUUUGAAGGCCGUCGAAGGAUCCACGGAGCGCGCUCUCCUCGGUCGAAGUAGCAGGCGAACAAGUGACGAUGAUUUCCGGAUUCUCCUGCAGGUAUUGUGGACUAAGGUUGUCCAGCCAGUGGUUCAAGCGUUGGACCUGAAAAAGGUAGAUUCGCCGAGUGAAAGAAUUUGGUGGUGUCCCGCGGGGCUCUUCGCCUUCCUUCCCAUCCAUGGUUCUGGACUAUACUCCAAGCAAAAUCAUGCACUCGACUGUCUAUUCCACUAUGCCAUCUCGUCCUACUGCUCAUCUCCUCAAGAUCUGCUCUCUCCUCCACCAGCGCCCAUCUCCGACUUUCAAAUGCUUGCGAUCAUUGAGCCUGAAAUCUUGGGCCCAGGGGUCAGCAGUCUGCCAUCAACGCUCGUGGAACUGGAGAAGAUAAAGUCACGGAUUCCGAAAAUGGAACAACUGGUAACUCGCGUCAGCUCCAAGGACGAGGCAACGACGCCAGACACCGUCCUUGGCGACAUUGCAAAAUCUUCGAUCGUACACUUCGGAUGUCACGGAACUCAGAAUCCAGGAAAUCCGCUCGAGAGUCGUCUACUCCUGAAAGGCGGGGAAAUCAUGAUGUCGACUAUCAUUAACAAGUGCCAGAGCUCGACGGCAGCUCUUGCAUACCUCAGCGCCUGCGAGACUGCUAUGGGAGAUGAUGCACGGCCAGAUGAAUCGCUCUCUCUGGCUGCCACGAUGAUGUUUGCGGGCUUUAGAAGUGUUGUUGGGACGAUGUGGGCUAUCCAUGAUGAGGAUGGACCAAUAGUGGCUGACGUCUUCUACAGUCACCUUUUCCGUCAUGGUGCGGGGUCACCGCCUAAUGUAACCGAUGCAGCAUAUGGGUUGCAUCUUGCUACGCGGGAACUGCGGGACCAGGGUGUAUCAUUCCAUCGAUGGGUUCCAUUCGUUCACUUUGGCCUUUGA